AUGACUACAAGCAUGUCUACAAGCAUGUCUACAAACAUGACUACAAGCAUGACUACAAGCAUGUCUACAAGCAUGUCUACAAACAUGACUACAAGCAUGACUACAAGCAUGACUACAAGAAUGUCUACAAACAUGACUACAAGCAUGACUACAAGCAUGACUACAAGCUUGACUACAAGCAUGUCUACAAACAUGACUACAAGCAUGACUACAAGCAUGGCUAGAAGCACCUCAACAAGCAUGGCUACAAGCAUGGCUACAAGCAUGACUACAAGCAUGACUACAAGCAUGGCUACAAACAUGACUAAAAGCAUGAAUACAAACAUGAAUACAAGCAUGUCUACAAGCAUGACUACAAGCAUGACUACAAGCAUGACUACAAACAUGACUACAAGCAUGUCUACAAGCAUGACUAGAAGCAUGACUACAAACAUGACUACAAUCAUGGCUAAAAGCAUGACUACAAGCAUGACAACAAACAUGACUACAAGCAUGGCUAGAAGCAUGACUACAUGCAUGGCUACAAGCAUGACUACAAACAUGACUACAAACAUGACUUCAAGCAUGGCAUCAAACAUGACAACAAGCAUGGCUACAAACAUGACUACAAGCAUGACUACAAGCAUGGUAACAAGCAUGGCUACAAACAUGACAACAAGCAUGACUACAAGCAUGGCUAGAAGCAUUUCAACAAGCAUGGUAACAAGCACGGCUACAAGCAUGGCUACAAACAUGACUACAAGCAUGGAAUCAAACAUGACAACAAGCAUGGCUACAAACAUGACUACAAGCAUGACUACAGGCAUGGUAACAAGCACGGCUACAAACAUGACUAAAAUCAUGACUACAAGCAUGGCUAGAAGCAUCUCAACAAGCAUGGUAACAAGCAUGGCUAAAAGCAUUACAAGCAUGGCUACAAGCAUGGCUACAAGCAUGACUACAAGCAUGGCUACAAGCAUGUCUACAAGCAUGACUACAAACAUGACUACAAGCAUGACUAGAAGCAUGACUACAAACAUGACUACAAGCAUGGCUAGAAGCAUGACUACAAGCAUGACUACAAACAUGACUACAAGCAUGACUACAAGUAUGGCUACAAGCAUGACUACAAGCAUGACUACAAGCAUGACUACAAACAUGACUACAAGCAUGGCUACAAGCAUGGAUACAAGCAUGACUACAAGCAUGACUACAAGCAUGGCUACAAGCAUGGCUACAAGCAUGGCUACAAGCAUGGCUACAAGCACCAGUGACACUCCCCGGCAGUAG